CGUGAGAGAGAGAGAGCGCGCACAUGUGCGCGUGCGUCAAUCAAAUGUCACCCCGAGGCAAAUUAAACAGAGCGGCGCGCCGCCCCAGCUGACACUGUCCGGCGGUCUCUUAGCGCCUGGAGAGCCCGUCAACUUCCCCUUUCGCACAGUGCAUCUCGGCUCUUCCUGCAGGACAGAAGCCACCAGCCGUUAACAGUGCCUUAUUGGACAAUUUGAGGAGAUCACCUGCUGUUCAGAGCGCCAUGGAGGAUGAGAGUCAGGUGGACACCGCUAAACCCAAGAUAUCCAAACUGUCUUCCAAGCUGCGAGCCAUGGUCCAGAUCCGGAGAAAGUACCACAUGCUGAAAACCCGGCGAGCUGACAGCAUGUCCGGCAUGUUAAACCACAGCAAACCUGACGUUUUCACCUUUGAAGAAAUUCCACCCAAGCCUUCCAUGACAAAGAGGAAGAAGCGAAAGAAAUCGCGAGUCCUCUUCCCGAAUGACAGUCGGAAGUACCUGCCAGUGAAGGAGCGCAACCGCGUCAAGAGCUGCUUGUUCUUGCUGAGCGUCAUCGUCUGCUUCCAGGUGUACAAUGCCAUCGAAAACUUGGAUGACCACCUGCAAACCUAUGACCUGGAAGGUCUGGAGAAGACCAUGAAACGAGAAGUCUUUGGUCAGAAGGAGGCUAUGGAGAACCUCAUGAGCCUGUUCUCGGACUAUUUCUCUAUGUAUGUCCACAAUAAACCCCUGGUGAUAUCGAUCAACGGUCCCAGCGGUGUUGGGAAGAGUCACCUGGGGCGCCUGCUAGCCCGCCACUUCCGCUCCAUCAUGAAGGAUGAGCUGGUCCUCCAGUACUUUAUGCUGCACCACUGCCCCCUAGAGGAAGAUGCCCCCCAGUGCAUCCAGAAGCUCGAGGAGCACAUCACUGAGGCGGUGAACCUGGGCGAGGCAGAGGAGAAGAUCCCUGUCUUCAUCUUUGAUGAAGUUGAGUUCAUGCACUCGGAGCUGCUGGACUUCUUUCGGCCCCUUUUCCAGUCUAACCAGACAAACGAGUUCCUCAAUGCCGUCUACGUGUUCAUCAGCAACAUUGGCCAGGCGGAGAUCACCAAGUUCUUUCUGCAGAACUCAUCCAGCAACACGUCGGUGGGCCGCCACAAACGGCAGGACCUCAGUAAGCACCUGAAGUCACUGCUGUCACGCUAUCAUGCCAUGUGGCAGGAGGCGGAGGUCGUGCCAUUCUCUCUUCUCGAGAAGUCCCACAUCAAGGACUGCUUCCUGGAUGAGAUGACCCGUGAAGGCUUCUACCCCGACAGCUCUCACAUUGAGCGGCUGGCAUCAGAGAUCUCGUAUUACACAGUGGGUGACAAGGAAUACUCCAUGAAUGGCUGUAAACAGGUGGUUGGCAAGGUCAACCUGCUGUGACCAAAGAUGGGCACCGGGUGUCAGUCCUGUGAUGGUGGCAUUGAGACUCCUGGCAGGUAUCCUCCAGGUGCACACACUUGAGAGGCGAGCUGAGCAUGCCUGUCUUUUUGGGGCAUCACGGCCCUCCGUCACGGAGCAGAUGUGAACUAAAUGGCCUUGUGUGGGCUCUCCUGCUAUUGGCUAUUCUCUCUGGACAUGUGACCUCUUGACUAUUUAUAAAAGCAAACUCAUUCUUCUGGGAGCCCUCGCUUUGAAAUAUUUUUCUAAUAAAAACUUGAAACUAAUCA